AUGCGGUGGCUAUCCCUACUCUCGAUACCGCUCGUGGUUACCGGACUGCCGCAAAAACAGUACCCUUUCGGUGUGCACCCUACUACAACCUCCGAUGCAGCCAGACCCGCCAUCUCUGCCCUCUCGCUCUCGCAGGCCUUGACCCCCUUGAUCGUCGCCUCCAUGUCGGCCAAGCUCGAGACCGUAGAUGAAGACAGCCAUAGGAGAUUACAGCAGCAUAUCGAAGCCCUGCCCGAGAAGCGAUUAGUGCGGUUCGGGGAGGGGAGUCCGACGGUCGAGUUGACGGAAGGGGCCAAAGCGUUGUUGACGCUGCAGGGCAUUCGAUUCAUCGAUGUGACCAAUGAGGAUCCAGCUUUACUAUCGGCCCUAAAGGAACCUACCUAUCCGACUAAAUUGAGUCGUGAGUCUGCCAAAAUUUCUGUGGGCCUCACGGCACUGGCCUGGACUCUGGACAGGACUCAAUUGCUUGCUUAUCGCCGAUCUCGGGUUGUCAUGCUGAACACAAGCCUGUCACGGCGCCAAAACCCUGCGCAGACACGAGCAAGCAACUAGAGCCUCUGUUCAAGCACAUCAAUAUUCCUACCAUGAAGGCCUUCUUGACCCGAUUUUCGGGUUUCUAUACCCGCUACUAUCGCUCCUCGACGGAUCGGGAAUCGCAGCAAUUUCUUCUCGGCCACCUCAAAGAGGUCAGUUUGGGGCCCAGUUUGGUUAAUCAUCGAACGGGUAUGUAACAGGUAAUUCUAUGAAGCUCUAACGUUCUCUAUCCCCAUGCCCAAUGUAUCCCAGAUCCUGGCAAAUAGCGGCUCCAAAGCGAAUGUGACCUUCUCCGAAUUCGAGCACUCGUGGACUCAGCGUACCAUCAUCGUGAGAUUUGAACCGACCAAGGCCAAAAACCCCUCCUCAGCACCCAUCGUAAUUCUCGGUGCUCAUCAAGACAGCACCAAUUCGUUACCCUUCCUUCGUGCACCGGGGGCGGACGACGACGGCUCUGGCACUACGACUCUCGUUACGGCCUUCCGUGCCCUGGCCGAAGAACACUUCGAGGCGACAACAGUCGCCGUCGAGUUUAUGUUCUUCUCCGCGGAGGAAGGUGGCCUACUGGGCUCGGGCGAGGUUGCUCAGGCGUAUGCACGUGAAGAGAAGCAGAUCCGAGCCAUGUUCCACAUGGAUGUCGUCGCCUUUGUCAAGGUGAGCCGUUUCUACAGGCUCUCGGCAUCGCGGAUGGAGAUGCUUACUCUCAUUUCGAUAUUGUAUAUCGUGCUAUUAGAUCGGUACUAGGCCCAGAAUCGGAAUAAUCGGUGACAAUGUCUUACUCAAUUCAUGCGGUUGCUUAUCACCGAGUACGCCGAAAUUGAUUACGUUGAUACUGCGUGUGGAUAGUAAGUCAAACGAGACCUCGCCACCCAUUGAUACAAAUGAACCCAAGUGUACAUUGCUUUUUGCCGCACAGUGGAUGUUCCGACUUUGCCAGUUUCCACAAGAUCGGUGCACCGGCUGCUUGCUUGUCCGAAGGUCAAUUCGAAGAUUCCAACCCUCAGUAAGUCUCUUGGCGCUAACGAUGUUGUCAGUCAAGCCACUGAUGAAACGGUGCUUCAUGUAUCCGGACCCACUAGCAUGCACUCGGCCCAAGACACGAUUGAUAUUCCAGAGUUCAGCUUCGAGCACAUGGCUCAGUUUGUUCGAGUCGGCAUCGCCUAUGCGAUCGAGCUGGGCAAGAUGAAGAAGGGCUGA